AUGGUUGAGCGUCAACCACAUGUUGAUCUGCUGAGAAGGGCCAUCAUUGAAGCUGGAGGAGAUGCCCAACCGCCGGAAAGUGCAAAGACCAGCCUUCAUGAAACCCUCAAGAACACAUUGAUUGACCACAAGACCUUUUUGGUAAUGGAUGAUGUGUGGAACCAUAGAGCAUGGGAUGACGUGCUGAAAAUACCCUUAGUUAAUGUUGCUGCUUCAGGCAGCCGAGUCCUUGUCACUACCAGAGAUGAAGGUGUUGCCCGAGGGAUGAGAGCUAUAUGGCCGUACCACCAUGUCGACACAUUAGUGCCUGAGGAUGCUUGGUCAUUGCUCAAGAAGCAGGUAUGCUCAACUGAGAUAGAUGAAGAUCACAUCAAUACGCUAAAGGAUAUCGGACUGAAAAUUAUACAGAAAUGUGGUUGUUUACCAAUUGCUAUUAAAGUGAUGGGAGGACUCUUGCGUGAAAGAGAGGGGCUACGUCGUGACUGGCAGCAUGUUUUGGAUGAUUCUAAAUGGUCAACAACUAAAAUGCCCAAUGAUCUCAACCACACAGUAUACUUAAGCUAUGAAUAUAUGCCUUCUUACCUGAAGCAGUGCUUUUUAUACUAUUCUUUUCUUCCUAAAAGUAGAAAUUUUCAUAUGGAGCAAGUCGUGGCAAUGUGGAUAAGCGAAGGAUUUAUUCAUGGAAACUCCGGUGAUUUAGAAGAACUGGGAAGAAAUUACUACAAGGAGUUAGUAUCUAGGAACCUUAUAGAGCCAGAUAAAUCUAUAUGA